CCGACCAGUGUUGAACACGUUUCAUCCGAUUAUAAGCCGAUGGUUCCUGAUUUCAUUGCAAGAAAAUUCUCGUCAUGGAUUACUCAAAGUAUAAAGUUUCACAGCUAAAGACAGAGUUAAAGAAACGUGGCUUAAGAGUCAAGGGUCUGAAACGUGAAAUGAUAAAUCGUCUUAAAGAAACCGACGAGAUGUUUCAGCAGAACAACAUAACACCCGGCAUCGGGGAGUUAAUCAAGGGACCACAGCAGUCUCAAGCCCAGACUCCUAGCCCAUUAGAAUCUGAAGAUCAUCACAUAGUCAGGGAGCAACAUCGUUUGGACCGAGAAGAAAGGGCUAAGAUCACCCUGUGGAAGAAGCCUAUAACCACCUUGGCGUAUUUUGUACUGGAGACUUGGGUCAUCCUAGUUGGAUGGUGUCAUAGGUUAUGGCUUAAUAGGAGGAAGGUAGCUGGUACCAGUCUACUUGCAGCCUGCAUUCUUGUGUUGUACCACAUUGAGGGAUCACAUCAAGUAUAUGUACAGCGUGUUAGGAAGCAAGCAGUCUGGUGCCUGUAUUGGGUGGGCCUUGGUAUUCUAUCCUCAGUGGGAUUAGGAACCGGACUUCAUACUUUCCUGCUUUAUCUGGGACCUCAUAUAGCAUCGGUCACACUAGCUGCCUUUGAGUGUCAAUCAGUAGACUUUCCUGAACCACCGUAUCCAGAUGAAAUUAUGUGUCCAGAUUCACAUAGCGACUAUCCAAUGUCAAUAUGGUCCGUUAUUAGUAAAGUCAGAUUAGAAGCGUUUAUGUGGGGAGCCGGUACUGCUCUGGGUGAACUACCUCCAUACUUCAUGGCAAAAGCUGCUCGGUUGUCAGGAUAUGAACCUGAUAAUGAAGACUAUGAAGAGUUUGAAGCCUUCAUGGAACACAUUGGUGAAGAUCCUAAAGAACAGGACUUUGCGACACGUUUGAAGCUUGGAAUUCAGAAACUGGUUCAGCGAGUUGGAUUCUUCGGCAUCCUAGCAUGUGCAUCUAUUCCUAACCCAUUAUUUGACCUCGCCGGCAUCACCUGUGGUCAUUUUCUCGUUCCAUUCUGGACAUUCUUCGGUGCCACACUCAUUGGUAAAGCUGUUAUUAAGAUGCAUAUACAGAAAUUGUUUGUUAUUUUGACGUUUAGUGAACAUCAUGUUGAAGUUCUCGUUGAAUUACUAGGUAAAAUUCCCAAAGUAGGACCACCUCUUCAAGUGCCUUUCAGAGAUUACCUUGAGAAGCAGAAAAAUAAGCUCCACCACAAAACUGGAGAAACUGUCGCUCAGGGUACCAACUGGCUGUCCUGGGUGUUUGAGAAGCUCAUCAUCAUCAUGGUAGUCUACUUUAUAAUCUCAAUAGUCAACUCACUGGCUCAGAGAUACGCCAAGAGACUACAUGACAAGAAGAACGACUGCAAGCAGACAUGAGUUCUACUGGCUCUCUGAGCAUUCUCAGUACAUCCCAACACCAAAGGGUUCCUCUAAGGGACUUGUCACAGGAGGCAGUCUUUGCAGGAGACUUGGGGUCACCUUGGUCAAGUGGUUAGACUACAGCAGCCGAUUUCAUGAAAAUGUACACAACUGCUUAAGUCCAUUGUGCAACGUUGAUGGCGCAACUUACGUAAAGUUUUGUGAAAUCGGCUGCAGGACUUGCAAUCACAAGGUUGUGCACGAGUUUUUCUCCGUUUAGUGUGGUGCAUCCAUAGUGAUUACCAUAUUUUUGUUUAGUUCACCAUGUACACAUUUUUGUUACACUGUUUGCUUAAGGAAAACAGAGUUCACGGGGCUGGAAUAUUUUGUGGAAACUCCAGGGCUUUUGGCUCAAAAUGUGUACUAGACCAGGAUGGUUUUUACAAGACUUGAAUGAAAACAAGAAUAAACUUCUUGGCACAGCGCAACAAGCCUUUCAUUACACAUGUUAUACCACUCUGACUCAAUAUAAGUGAACAGUAUUUUACCUGACUCAAAGUCAACAUUUGAACAUAAUUUGUUUUAGUCUCUCUUAAUGUAAAAGAGUGAAAAACACCACUCUUUA